AUGAUUUCUUCAGGUAAGACCGAGAAUCUUUCCAAGGAUAAGGAUAGUAAAGAGAAGCUUUCUAAAGUGACAGAUGAUCAAGGUAAAUCGAAUACAUCUAGCGAAAGCUCAUCCAGUGGAUCUGUAUCAGGGAAUAAUCCGCAGGAUGCAUCACGAAGUGCAUCGAGUGGUGUGUCAGAUGGACCAGCAAGGGUCAAGAGACCCAAGAAAAUAGCGUGUACUGAGUGUCGCCAGCAGAAAGCCCGAUGCGAUGCAUCUGAAAAGGUACCUGGUCCGUGCACCCGGUGUGCCAGGAGAGGGAUUCAGUGUGUGCUCAACUCAGACUACAAGCGAACUUUCAAAAGGGUGCAAAUUGCUCAGAUGGAGAGAGAUUAUGAGAUGAUGAAGCGCAGGCUGCAGUACACUCCAACGUCCAAUGUUUUGAGUACCGCGAGCCAUUCUGCGGACGGUUUGAGAACCAACAAUCCUUCGCUUCUUUCUGAACAGGUGAGAACAUGGAUCGCCUGCAAUGUGGUAUCUCAAAUUAUCGCCACGGCAUUUGGAUUUCCCAGCCUAAACAGACUUGAUUUGCCCGGUAACAUGGAUACCAAUGGGCUACAACUUCCUAAGGAGCUUAAACAGAUGUUUGCCAUUCAGAGGUUUGAAUCUCAAGCGGCUCAGACUCUUAAUAGCAAUUCAUUUGAUCCGCUGAUGCUUGUUGGAGCCCAGGAAAGAUUUCCCUUACUCAGACUCUUGGAGACCGAAUUGGAUCAAUUAGAAAUGCGAUUGAACACUAAAGGGGAUGAUGGCCAAAUGGACAGUGGCUCCUUGGAUGAUUUUAGACUGCUCUCUUUACUUGCUGCCAAAUUGCACUUACUAACGUACUACUUUUUGGACACUGAUAAGGUUCCAGGCUACGAUCUCAAAAAGGGCCUUUUUAAAGCAUACGACGCUGCUGUCCAAUAUAUCGCGCAUUUUAGAGAAUCACAGAAGAGAAACCCGUUAUUCGCCAAGAAUUCACCUUCAGUUUAUACUCUGACAAUUUGGCAGGCAGCAUGUAUUGUGGCCAGACUUAUUCAUUCUCCUUACAUGUCUCUGCUGGAUGUCUCGGAUGGUCGCAAAAUCUAUCUGGAUGCAGUUUAUUUGGCUCAUCAUGCUUCUGUUAUCAAGCAUGAUAUGCCUUAUAGAGCUUCUGGGAUUAUGAGGUCGAUGUGGGCUUUAUUCAAGACCCUCUGCGAGCAAAACUCCAUAUCCCCCAAUGUAAUAGUGAGAUCUAGGAUGAGUGCCAGUGUGUUUUUCGACUCUUUGUGGAUUGUCAGGCAGAAAUGUGGAAUGGUUAAACUUAGGCCUGAACGUGUAGAAGAUCAGGUGAUAGCUUCCGAUGGAAACGAUGAUGAUGAUGAGGACGACGACGACGAUGAAGAAGAAGACGGAAAAGGAAAUAAAAGUGCCGAUAAGAGGAAAGUUAGGAUGCAGAGAUCGCUUUCAAGCACGCUACACCCGGAAUCUGAUGCCCGUAAGAUUAUUAGUACGAUUCCACUAGACCCACAGCCGAUUUCUCUUAGUGAUAGAGGUGAAAGUGGAAGUAGCUCACAUAGCUCGCCAUUUAUUUAUAGAUCUCCUAGAGAGAAGAGGCGGUUGGUAGACGGAAGUAAUAACGAGGCGAGUGGAGUGUCUGAAGUAACGACUCCUAUUUCAAAUAUUCAAAAAAGCAGGUUGCAGAAUAGUGAGAGCACUGAUAAUACCAAGACAGAAGAGGAAACGCCGGUAUUCUCACUAGAUUCAUGGGAUCUUGCGAAGGAUAUUGAUUCGGAACUGUUGUUCAAGGAUAUUGACAAUGUGAUGAACAAUUUCGGAUUUCAUGCGGAAUGA